UUGUUUGAAUUUAUGAACUUUUUGGCUGAGAACGUCAUCUUCUGUUACAUGGGCCUGGCGCUGUUCACGUUCCAGAAUCAUAUCUUUAAUGCUCUUUUUAUACUCGGAGCCUUUCUAGCAAUUUUUGUUGCCAGAGCCUGCAACAUAUACCCUCUCUCCUUCGUCCUGAAUCUGGGCCGAAAACAGAAGAUUCCCUGCAAUUUUCAGCACAUGAUGAUGUUUUCAGGUUUGCGAGGAGCGAUCGCCUUUGCCUUAGCUAUUCGGAACACAGAAUCUCAGCCCAAACAAAUGAUGUUCACCACCACACUGCUCCUUGUGUUCUUCACUGUCUGGGUGUUUGGAGGAGGAACGACCCCCAUGCUGACUUGGCUUCAGAUCAGGAUAAAGGCUGAAAAUAAUUCUGCAGCAAAGCGAGGAAGGCCUGAAAUACCGAAGCAGCAGGAUCAAAAAGAAGAGCUGGAUUCAGAAGCUGUCCUGGACGUGGAACGGUCCUGGCAUCCGGAAGCAGAGAACCGGAA